UCUGUCAGCUAUACAUUUUGCUCCGCAUGUUUCUCCCAUUUAUGGGCAAAGCCUGUUUUAUACAGCAUAUGGGGCAAUGUAUUGUGUCUUACAUUGUGUCGGUUAUAUUACGAAGAUUUCCUCAUACAUUAUAAACGAUACGAUUCUAAAUAAUUGGUGAUAAUAUUGUUUGUAGACUCUUGUACCCAUGUGCCAUUAUAAUUCAAGUCUAACAGGUCAUAGAUCGGGCUUGAUGAGUUAUUACUCUCUUGACAUCACUGAUCUUUGGCUACCAAUAGCAACUGGAUUGUCUGAUGGCACUUCACGUGCUAACAUCCGCGUAUUUCAUUGGCUGUUACUGCACAGUGUGGGUUAAUGCUGUGUGUACUGCGGGUGGGCGUGGUAAGCAACCCCUUUCUAAGCUUUCCAAUAAUUAUUCCCAAAAUAUGGCAUUUUGGUGAGAUAUCACUUUUGCAAUUUUCAUGUUAGGUAAGGAGUCCCCCUCAUUUUACUGAAAUCUAGUAAAUUCAUGUAGCAUGUUCAUGCGCGGAUAGCUAUUUCAUGUCACUGUUGGUGGAAAUAAUAAAAACAUCUCCCAGCGGGGGGGUUUGUAGUCGCUGAGGACCAGAUCAAAUGUAGGCAGCGGACCAAACCACUGUGAGGCAUGUGAGGGGGGUGAACAUCCUCUGAAAAACGCAUUGGACUCAUUAUAGAGAACAAGAGCUGUUAACGAUAUUGUCCUGCCAAACAUUGACUAGACGCUGACGGACAACAGUGGCUAGCCUAGACUAUAUUUAAUUGUUUUGAUCAAAAUAAUUACUAGGGACAAUUCUCCUUUUUUGGUUGAUUGGCAGUAUUGAUGGGAAUUACGACCCUCAUCGUUCACCUAAAAGAGCCGGCUCACUAAUUUAGCAGAUAAAAAAGGAACGAAUUUGGACAUUUUUUUUUACUCAUGGCUUGUAGGCUUAUACAAUAUCAUACACAUAGGCCUAUUCAUUUAAUAAAUCUAACUUCCGUCCUUUCAUGAACAGACUGUUGAAUAAGAAUCACUUUUCUUGUUUAAAAUUCUGAUAAACAGACUGAAUGAGAACACACAUACGAUCUGGUGUUCACCUUCUGGAUAGAAAUGAGAACCUGUUGAGGAUGUAGAGUGGGCUACAUGGCUAGUACAUGAGGGUUUUUUGCCCUUUGAACUGAUUUUAAGGGCAACUACUAAACUCGGAAAUAAUGUAUAAUUGUUACAUAAGGCUAUAAUGUAAAAUUCCUGAUGAAACAAACAAAAAACUUUUUUUUCCUACUGGUCAAAAUCAAAAUAGGCCUUUUCUACCAAAAGGCCUAUUUUGCCUUUUAUUUACUUUCUAUUUCAAUAUUGUAUGGUGAGAGACAUCAUUUCAAAUAUGAUUAUGAGCUCCUAAACAAUGAAAUCUCAAGUUGCCUUUGUUGGCUCAAACACUUUCCCAAAGCAUUCGGAAGUUCCCAGUUUGGCAUAUUGAGCACAAGUGUCAUCUGAAUGGAUUCAUUCACAGCCAGCUGUUAUGAGACUGCAGUAAACAUGUUAGCCUCUGUGCCUUCAUCACAACAAGAUCACUGUUCUGUUCUCACACUGGCUCUCUGUGAUCUCCUUCUGUCUGUCUGUCUUUCUCUCUCUUACACACACACACACACACAGACCUAUACAAUAACUGCCCUGUCUGUUAAUCUGUAAUCUGACCAACAGCUUUCAUUGAUAAUUGUUGGACAACCUGAGCUUCUUUUAGACAUCUUUUUUAACAGUAGCCUAAUAUUUACUGAUAACUGUACAGUUGGCAUUAAAGUGGUUAUUACUGUGAUAUAGGCUAUGUAUUAUAUUAGCGUAGUUAUUUUAUUUUACCAAUAUGAAUUGAUGCCAGUACCAAUCUGGUUUAUUAUAUAAAGCCAGUAGAUAUAUAGAGUGCAGGCUUGGCCGGUGAUGCAAAAAGUUGCUUUCAAGCCCCGAGUGUGAGCCUACUUCACAAACAAGGGCUUUAUUUUGAAAUGUGUACCCGGAAGCCGUAGCAUUGUGGCAUCGUCUUGACGCUGGUAGAUCCUCUCUGGUGAGCGCAAUGGGGAAUACCGAAGUGGCAUCCGAGCUGAUGUGAUUGACCCCUGCGAAUCUUCGGAAAUCCUUUAACCCAAACAGGCCCUGCUAUGGUGAGCUGUGUUAGCGAUGACGGAUGUGGAGGCGACCUAUGAGGACUUCAUUGCCUCUCGACGGUCCGGCCGCAGGAAUGCCAUCCAUGAUAUUCCAGCAGCCCCUGGAGCGCAGGGACCCACGGACCCGUCACAGAGUCUGGCACAGCUCAACAUCAACAAGUCAGGUGAUGAGGGAGAAGACACUGAGAAAAGCCAGGACUCUCCAGCUAAAGAAGAGGAGACCCAGGCUGAGGGCAGCUAAGCAGCAAAGACCUGCUGACAUUUGCAGAUUCAAACAACCGCUUCCUCUUGUCUAGCUGAUCCCUGAGUGCUAGGCCUCUAACUGGCCAGUUGCAUCUAAUGACUAUGAACAGACACAGCAAUAUCCUCUCCUUCCACCACACUGCCAUCAGGAAGUCAUCGCCAUGGUAACCAGAGUGCAGUUUCCCUUCUGCCCUUGGGCGUGUUCCAAUUUCCUUAAAAAGCCUCCUUUCCUUUCUGCCUUUCCUUCAUUGCUGCUGAUAUGAGAUUGGAUGUGUUGCAUGAUCAACACAGCAGGACGUCAACAACCAAAACCAGCCCUGUGUGACUGUCAGUGGUCCUGGGAGGAAAGGUGACAAGGGAAAAGAGGCCAUUCAAGGUUUUUGGGGCAGGCUUAAGUGUUUCCACUGAAUUCAAUUUUUGUCUUCCCUUCCCCCCUUGCUUUCAAUCAAUCACCAAUUCCAGGGAACCAGGCACAGUGAUUGGACACUUCUCUUCCUCUGCUCUUCUUCACGCAUCAACUCAUGCACACACUUUCCCCUCUGUCCGUGCUCACUUGUGACUCCCUCAAUGAUUUGUUUCUGUAUAUUUGUUUAUUUUGGGCCACAGAUCUAGCUUUAUCCAUAUAUUGGGGUAGUGAUGGCGCAUAGAUAAGAUGCUUGCCUUUGGUGUGGGAGACCUCGGUUAAAUUCCCACUGUGAGACAUCCACCAUUGUGUCCCUGAGCAAGACACUUAACCCCUAGUUCCUCCGGAGGCAUGCAACCUCUGACAUGUAUAGCAAUUGUAAGUCGCUUUGGAUAAAAGCGUCCGCUAAAUGUAAAUUUAUCGCAUUAGCUUGUUGGACACCAUUACAACUGCACUCCAGUGUUGUCAAGAUUAAACAUCCCAAGGGAGGGUGGUAUUGUAUUUUUGUAUGUGUUGUUUAUCUGUGUCAGGUUCGAUAUCUCAGACACUACUGAUUCAGUUUGAAAGGAAUGUGAGUAAAUAAUCUUGCCGUCUGGCAUUUUUAAUAUUACAUGCACUGGUCAGACACGGCCAGUCCACUUCAGGUCAAAACACAGGACAUGCAGCAUUUAUUAUUGAGUUAGGAACACAAUCGAUCUGCUCUCUCACUCUGUCACAGUGAUCAAGGCAAAAGCUAAUCGAAAGAGCAACAAUGUUCUGUUUACUAACCCAUAACCAAGUUCAGGCCUCACAGAUACAGCCAGCAUGUAUUUCUACUAUAUAAUGCAUAUUUUCCUCCCUGAAUGCAGCAUUUUGAAUUAAUUUUGUUGCCAAUGCAAGUGGUCUAUUACCUAUACUGUUAUUUAUAUUCAGAAUUUUGUAAUUUCUAGGUGUUUGUAUAUACACAGAAAAAGAUUUUCUGAUGUUUCAGUAUUUAAAUGCUACUUUCCCAUGAUUACCAAAUGUUUAGUAAGCAGUUAACUUCAAGUAUUCUUUGUGAGAUUGACUUUCAUUCUUGCAGUUAUUCAGAUGGUAGCUAAUAGUAAUGGAAUAACAUUUUUCAAAUAAGGUUAUACCCUUACCAUACAUCAUAUGUAAAACUUGUUUGGUUACUAAGUAGAGUUAAUACAAAAAGUGCCCAUAUUAUACCGUGUCCUGGUUAUCCUAGAUCAAUACACUGCCGUUUAGCAUAUACAAAUGUGUAUCUGUGAGUGUGUGUGUGUGUGUGUGUGUGUGUGUGUGUGUGAGGAUGUGUGAUUUGGAUUAUGUUGGGUAGUGAGAAAAAGGAUUUAUUUGCUGGUGGAGAUGAGAAAAGUUACAAUACUGAUUGCACUCAAGUACUCUAGCGUGUUAUUUAUAAUGUAUUACUGUUUAUUUCAGUUGUGUAUUUCUUUUUGUUACAGGGUGUCUGUUUGAAUGAUUAUUGUUGUGAUUGUAUAGACUUCAGAAAAUAACACCCAUCUCAGUACUAUAAUGGUACCUUUAAUACACUGCCUUUUACUAUUACACCAAUCACUGAAUUCAUACAACACUGACAUACUUUUGUGUGGUUAUUAUUAUUAUCAAAACUGAUGACAUCACUUGGUUUUCCUUGCUUGUUUUAUGAAAUCUUAGCUACAUGAACUUGAAUAUGAAAUUAAAUGCCUUGUUACAGGGGCAUUUCUACAUUGUAUUUAAGGUCAAGAAUAACUUGUACAUUGAAUCAAGGUAUAGUGUGUACAGUUGCACUGUAGGUGACUUAGAGCACCCAUUGUCAUGUUUUCCAUGUUGUUCUUUUGUGCAGCUCACUCAUGAGUUAUGUGUGUCACUGUGUUGUCAAUGACUUUACUGUAUAAUGCCUUGCUAUUUUAUUUGAAUUUGUUAGUUCUAAUGUGCAGUCUCAAAGGUGAAAAUUUCAAGGCGAAUUCAUGUUACAUUGUCCUGUCCACAGGUGAGAGGGCUGAGUAAGAAAAGGCAUUGUCUCCCUCUAGUGCUCAAUAGUAGCCCUAUUAUUCAGCCACAGAAAAAACACUUCAGUGGUCAAUUUACUUUUACUGUAAGUUGUUGUGGUGCUGUUGUGAUUUUAGGAUAGAUAGUGUGAUUGUUGGCCCAUGUGAUCGGAUUGGUGAUUAUAGAUCGGUGCUAGGCAAAAGA